AUGGCGGGUACCACGAGUCGCGCGAGAAGCCCUGUUGGUGUAAAUGGAGACGGUCGACAGCGCCUAGUCGCAGAGAGAGAGACCAGACAGGGCAGGCAAGCAAAAGCGCCCGGCGAUGGCGGCUUUGCCGAGCAUGUCUGGUCGCGCCGGACCAAAACAAUGUGCAAAGACACGCCCGGGUACGCGACACACCUGUCUUUAGGUGGUCAUGUAGUCCUCCUGGCACCUGAUACUGUGCUGUACCUCGACGCCGAGCCGACUCUGGGCUCACGCCAGAGCUCAGAACAGGGAGCUGAGCGGUCCCCCGCCCAAGCCAAUUCUCUCUGUUCCUCUCCACUCACUCUUCUUCCUGCCACCUGGCUUUCACGUUAUUUAUGCUUUUGA